AUGUUACCAAGGCAAUCAACCGACGAUGACAGACCCGUUGGCUUGAAAUAUACUCGAAACCACUUUUUUAACUUCCCAAAAAAAGACAAUAAUAGUAUCAAGAGAGCACCCUCGAAUGCUUCGUCAGUACUAUCAUCUAUUUCAGCAAACGACGUUUCAAACCAGCAACCAAUCACAACAGAGAGAAGCCGUUGUCGUCCUCAACAACAAAUGGCUACAUCACCUACUUUGCCAGUGCGGUCACCUUUUCGCAUACGAGAUUCACAACAGCAGCAACAAAACAAUAAAUUAUCACAUGAACAAAAAAGCAUUCGAUCGAAUUCAAGCAUAGAUAUCGACUCGUCCAUUUCUUCAUCAUCCUCUUCCUCAAUAGUAACCCUUGAGGAUGACUUGGCCCAUGAACUUGAAAAUCUAUGGAAAUAUAAAUCAACAUCGAGCACAGCCUCAAAUGUAGCGAAAACAGCCCAAGUUAAAAAGGCUUCUAUUAAUUCAGACGAUAUGCUAUUACAAUUGUUGAUUUCACAAGCCAUGAUUGACGCGAAAGAUUACAAAAUACUUAAAUACGAAGAGAUAGAAACGUUGAAGCAGCAUCACGAACGUCUAAAAAAGCAAAUCAGAAAUUCAGCCUCUAGACUGGAGAUAGAUAAGAAGAUUCACGAUACAUCGCAAUCGUUAGCACAUCUCUCUGCGAACAAGAAUCGGGAAUCCGUGCUUGUUUUACUAGAUGAGGCAGUAGAAGCAGAUCGAAAAGUCAAAAUAUUAACACAGAGAUUAACCGAGCUACGGACGGAAGAAGUCAACACGCAGUAUCAGAUAUUACAGCAUACAGCAGGUGUAUUGUACCUUGGAAUGCAGAACAUGGAGCAAACGCAUCUAGACAAAGGGCUCAGCAAUCUGCAAUCAGAGGUGGAGACCAUCAAACAAACAUUAAGAACUAUUGUGGGGCAAUAUGUAGGAAAAAACAGCGUAGAUACAUUAUCCAUUAGCGAACUACUAGAUCAAUUAGAAACUCAAUUGAAAAGGUACAAAGCUCAAUCUACUGCUUUAGAAACAAAGUUGGAAGCAGCUGAGCAGAGUAAUCAAUUGAGAAUGACAACCGAACACAAACUGCAGUCUGAAUUGCAUGCAACUAAGAUGAAGCGUAUUUCUGCUGAAGCCAAAUGCAAUGAACUACAACAGCAAAUUGACAAUUUUGUGGAGCCCUGGACGCCAUUGUCCAGAGCUGAACCAUCACAUUCUACAAGCGAUGAAAACAAGGGUGUCGAACGGGAACUAUCAGCAGAAUUGGAACAGGCCUAUGCGGAUGUCCAUCAGUUGAAGCAAACAGUGUCUGAUUUAGAAACUCAGGCAGCCAACUUGAAAACACAAGUCGCUGUAUACCAAGAAAAAGAAGAUAAGCUCAAAACAGAUAUUGAUCACUACCGUGAUAAAGUCUGUCAACUGAGAGCAGAUAAGGAGAAUUGGGAACAAACCAUGAAGAAAGAGCAAGCUUUUUUGGAAGAGAAUAGCGCAGUUACUUUUGAAGAGUCGCUAUCACGCACGGAAGCAGACUAUGGACAACAGUUAGAAGAACAAGAGCAAAAAUAUCAAACACAAUUGAAAGAGCAAGCGGCUAUUUUGGAUCAAACAACCCGUCAAUGUGAAAAAUUACAAGAAGAAUAUGACAAAUUGUUGGCUACAGGCAAAGAUUUGGAAUUAUUGAUCGAGCAAAAGCAAAAGGCACUGGAUGCCCGCGAUAUUCAAAUAAAUCAAUUAGAGGACGAGUUACGCCAGCAACAACAGCAAAUCCCACCUGAAGAGGACGUAAAAACGGCCCAUUUAAAUAGAGCAAGCAAUAUAGGUAGUAUUGACAGCGGCACAAGCGACGAAAUUCAAAAACUGCAGGCAUUGUUUUUGGAAAAGGAAGCACAAUGGAUUGAACAGAGCACAGUCAUGGAAGCUAAUUUUGAAGGAAUUUUACGAGAGUAUGAUCGAUUAACAGGCACAGCAAUGGAAUUCGAAGCAGAUAAGCUCGAUUACGAAAGACGAAUCACAGAACUCACAGAAGAAGUGAAUUCUCUGGAAGCAUGCCUAUUAGAACAAAGAUCAAAGAAUAUAGGAUGCGAAGGUGAUACGCCUACAACGGCUUCUUUACGAAAAGAAUUUAGAAAAAUGAUAAACGAUAUGAAAACAGAACAUCAACGUAUGCUUGAAAGAGAGAUAGAAGAAAAGAAACGUUUAGAAAAGCAAUUGAAGGAUCUGAAGCACGAAAGAGAAAUGUCGCGCUAUGAACGUAGUAAUAAAGGUGUACAAACAUUUUUUGUAGCGUGA